UUCCUUUCAACAUGAUCUACCUUCGUUUCUUUACUUGGGCCGUGCUGGUGGUGAGCUCCAUGAUUGCAAUGGGCAAUGGCACUUCAGAUGCCUAUUCAAGUAUCUUCGAAGUUGACUUGAUAUCACCGCGCAACGAAACUUACACGCCCGAGGCCCUGAUGCCCAUUGUGUUUGCGCUGCAGAAUUCGCCUCUGGCUUCCAGCUUGGAGGCCUACAUCACUUGGGAUCUGUUGGAAGGCAACAACCGGUCCUCUCCAGGUUCCAUCAACGGUGGGCUUCUUGAACUCGCUUCGUCGGACCUCUGGUCUUCCGGUCUUCACUUUGUUACCCGAUUCGUUGAUACACUCCCCUACCCGGACGGCUCCUGGACUUUUGCCUGGACCCUGCAUAUUUCCGAUUGUUCCCAGAACGGCAGUGAACCUCAAGACACCAAGUUUCACAACGCCAUCGUCUUCACUGUCAGCCAGUCAGGGAAGGCACCUAGUCUUAAAGCAGCUACAUCUUCUGGUACGUGCGGCAUCCAAAACGCCAACGCGUUAAACGUGACUGCUAUCGGGGAAGAAUGUGGCGUCCUUGGGCCCAGUCCGACAAUCAACCCAUGCGCGGCGACGGUCAAUGCUUCCGCGGCGUCCAGUAUAUGGGCAGCGGCGACUGCCUAUGCCUGUAGCCCUCUAGAGCGAUCGGCGAACCCCAACGUUACUUGUCCGACUCCCUCGUCCAAAUCCAAUGGCGCGGGACAACGCGGCAUCGUCGCAGCAUCGACAUUGCUUACACUCUUAACCGUGGUGACUGCCUUGAUUCACCUUGGUUGACAACGAUGUACCUAGCCCCUUACUACGGGCCUCUGGUCUAAUUGGGCAAGUGGGCCUUUUUCUUUCUAUGUGGUAGUGUUAAUAUCGGGAAUAUAUUAUUUCCAGUACUCUCGAGAUCAAAA